CGAUGGCUUGCCAUGCUUGGUGGUUCUUCCCUUCUGCGCCUUUGGCCACAAGGGUUCAUUGUUCGUUCAAAUGCGAGCGGUUCUCUAAAUCCAACCUCUCUUGCUGCAUCAACGAUGGCACCGAUGCAACCACGCACAAAGUCCGUCGUUGGUACAACCCCGACAGACAGAAACGAGUCUAUCAGCCGGAGAUCGUUCGUUACUGGAUUGAAGCUGAUAAUCCGCCUAUAUUCGACUCUAAAGAGAAAUUCAUAGUUGUCUCGUAUAACAUAUUGGGAGAUAAGAAUGCUUCCAAUCACAGAGAGUUGUACUCACAUGUGCAUUUUCAUUAUAUGAAGUGGGAACGGCGUAAAAGGCUUAUCUGCCAGGAGCUCAUUGGAUGGAAGCCUGAUAUUAUCUGUUUGCAGGAGGUGGAUAGGUAUUAUGAUCUAUUGAGCAUUAUGGAGAAAAACGGCUAUGCUGGUAGCUACAAGAGACGUACUGGACAUGCUACUGAUGGUUGUGCGUUGUUUUGGAGAGCUACUACGUUUCGGCUGUUGGAGGGAGAGAGCAUUGAAUUCAGAAUGUUUGGUCUUCGUGAUAAUGUUGCUCAACUUUCUGUUUUUGAGAUGUGUAGGGCUGAUUCAAGAAGAGUAUUGGUUGGGAAUAUCCAUGUGCUUUUUAACCCAAGCCGGGGAGAUAUUAAACUAGGUCAAAUCCGUCUGCUUUUGCAGAGGGCACAUGCUCUCUCAGAGAAAUGGGGCAAUAUCCCUGUUGUGCUUGUUGGUGACUUCAACAGCACUCCUCAGAGCGCAGUUUACAAGUUCUUGUCGUCAUCAGAGCUGAAUGUCACACUAUAUGAUAGAAGAUAUUUAUCAGGCCAAAUACCAAUGAGAAGGCCAUUUGUUUUGAUUGAUGGAUGUUUGAAUUAUAGCUGGAGUGGUGAACAGGUCAACAUCGCAACUGGCAGUCCCAAUCGCACCAUAGUUGAGCAUCCUUUGAAACUCAACAGCUCUUACUUAACUGUAAAGGGAUCUGCAAGGACAAGAGGUUCCCAUGGUGAACCAUUAGCUACCACAUAUCAUUCAAGAUUUCUCGGAACUGUUGACUAUCUCUGGUACUCAGAUGGUCUUUUUCCUACAAGAGUUCUUGACACUCCUCCCGUUGAUAUGCUAAGGAAGACAGGUGGUUUGCCAUCCAAGAAAUUGGGUAGUGAUCAUUUAGCCUUGGUUUCUGAAUUUGCCUUCAAGAAAGCAGAAGGGAAGUUGAAGCCCACACCAUAUCAAGACCCACAUCAGACAUAUCCAUUCAGCAACUAAAGACAAAUAGAUUAGUUCAAGUGACAGCAAAGAGUAAUUGAGGGUGGAUGAAAGGAAAGAGCAUAAGCAAAAGCAAGGGGGAAAAGUUGCCAAUAUACAAUACAAUGUGGAAAGAAUUUGGUUAUCAUAAACUGGCAGGAGUGCUUUUCUUUCAGCUUGGCUUCAUGACUUAUGGACCAUACCUGCUAUCAAUAUUGUGGCUCUGGUAGCUUCUGGACUAUACCUGCUAUUAAUAAACUCAGCUUGCACCAUUCCUAGAUAUGUUUACCGGGUCAGUGUCAAAAUUGUAUUAAAUGCUUCUGGUGUUUGCUGCUAUUCAAGAUGUAUUAUUAGAAAGCUAUAUUGAAGAGAGUAUCAAAAUGAUUCAUUUUUUAGUUUUAUAAUAAAUACUUAGGUUACUUGUCUA